AUGCACAAGGCGAUGGGUAAAUGUGUGCCGGGGUUGGGAAGCCCGAGUUCCGGCCUUCCGAUCGACAUCCGGUACGAGGUGCGUUUCCAUUCGGUGAGCGGUCUGCUGGAGCUCGAGCCGGGCAAGACCGUCCUCAUCGUUUGGAAGCAAGCCUGGGGAGCGACCAGCAAGCAGAAGGGACAGACCACGCCCAAGCUCGUUGAGCGCCACAGCAAGAAGUCCCUCAAGCUCUAUGUCGUUGAGCCCCACGGGACGGGCUACAGGAAGCUGUACAAGGGCCGGCUGGCCCUGGCCGAGUACACCGAAGAGGUGGUGUGCGCUCAGGUGGGACUCGUGCUACACCCCUGCCGCAAGGAUCACUGGAACAGCAACCCGAUUCUUCAGAUGUACAUAUCGUCCAAGUGGGUGGGCGAAGAGGCCAAACAGUUUCGCUCGGUGUCGCGCAAGGCGUCGGCAUUCCUCGAGUUCGACUUCAUCAGCGAUCACAUUGACCAGUGCCUUAAGGAGUCGCUGAAGGGCACCCAAAGCGAGAUCGUCACCCUCUCCAACGACUGCAAGACGCUCAAGAAGAAGUACCGCAAGCAGCAGGCCGUCAUCGAUCGCGCGCUGGAGAAAUUGCACAAGGAAAAGGAAGUGGAGGCGAUCCAGCGGCACGAUGAUGCCACAUCGACGCAAGGGGUGCUGAGCUGGGAGUGGGACCUCUCUGCGACUACCGAUGGGUCGAUGCGCCACACUCCCCGAGUGGACGAAAGAGAACUCGAAAACGAAGACGACGAAGAAGAGGGCAAUGAGGAAACACAGAGGGCCGAGGUCUCGAGCUCAUCGGCUGUCGUCGUACAGACUGCCAAGGUAGAGGAGUGCGCACCGAUGGGCACCGUGGCGGGAGAGUACCCCCAGGUUAGCGCGGCCACGUUCCUCACCUUCCUCGCCAUCACGUGGGCCUAUCGCGAACUUCACAAGCGCGUGAUGGAGUUCAUGUUGUGCUAUUUCCUGGGAGCCAUGCAGCUGGGGCAACGAACGGGAAGAUGA